ACAAUCAAGUUAAGACAAUUAGUGUAUGAAGGCGUGAAACUGUUCGCCUUCUCCAAGUGAAAUAUUUAAAAUCAUUUCGCUUAGAAAACGAAACGCUCAAUCUAAAGAACUGGCAAACGAAAAAUAAAACUUUUCAUACCUUCGGGAGAAGAAUAAUAAAUUAUAACGAAAUAAUAUUUACACCGUUUGGUGAAUGAAUAGAAGAGUGCCAAGUGACAAUACUACUUUUUGAUAAGAAAAUUAUCAUUAAAAUAAUUAAAGCCCGCGCUUUUUCGUGGAAAAAAUCGAAACCGAAAAGCGGAAAAUCUUUCUCGUGUCAUUAGAAUGGGCUGCGGGCAAUCAAAAAAAAUUCAUUUGUAUCCGCGAAAGAACAAAAGCAAAUCAAAUGGAAAGAAAGGGCACGACGACGGGACGGAAGACGACGAUGAAGAGCACACUGAGGGACGUGAAAAACAUGAUCAACAACAAAAAGAGAAAGAGAAAAUCGAUGAAGAGUUGCAGCAGUCAUCGGAGGGUAACUCGCCGGAGCCAAAUAGCAAUGAAGUUAUUAUUCCAAUUCUAAAGAAAAAUGGACCACUCUUACAAAGCCAGGAUAUUUCCAGUAGUCAGCAAAACUUUUUUAAAAUGUUGGAUCAGAAGAUUGAACAAGGUCCAGAUUAUGAUUCCAAUAGUGAAACUGAGAUUGCAAUUGAAGAAGCGCGUCUCAAUUCACUUGUACAACAUUGGGAAAGUGCCAGUUUGUCAGCGUCAAUGUGUUCAUCAACUAGUCGAUCACUUCAAAAUACUCCAGUUCGACAUGCAUCAUUAAAUAGCAGACAGUCUCAAAUCAGAUCACAAUUUCAACAGCCAUUGAGUGCGGAAUUACUUUCACAGCAACAACAAAUGAUUAAGCAGUUGCAACAACAUCAAGCAAACCAAACAGCAUCCAUCAACAGUCCAAAACGUGUAGAACUUAAUGCUAAUAAUCGUCAACAGCUGCUUACACAAACAAUUAUUCAUCAGACAUAUGGCGUUCAACCACAACCGUCAUUACCACAAGCUCAUAUUCUCGCACAAUAUCAGAAUCAACAACAAACGACACUCUCUUCGAACAUGCAACUUCGACAGUUAUCAGCAUCUUCAGUCAUUCCAUCAAACUAUUCACCGCCAAUUCCCGGUGCCACAACAAAUGUUGCCAAUCCUAAUCGUAAUCUUGCAUGUCUGCAAAUGUCAUAUUAUUCGCAGACCCCACACUUUAGUGACGCGAUUCAUUCACCGCAGGUUCAACAAAUACAGUCUGAACCACGUUUUCCACCUGCAAUUAGUGUUAAUCGACUUGCGCCUCAGGUUCAGCGUCAAUUAAGAGAAACUCAAGAGCUGAUAAAGGAUUGCACGCCAUUGUAUGGCACUUAUCAGCCAGCUAUUAAUUCGCCAGGCUCUUCAACAGCUACACAAAUUCAAAUACGUUCCCAAACACGUACGGGUCUAAGACGACCAACGCUUGAGACUCAGUACUCCCAAGAGUUA